AUGCUUCGGUUGCUUUAUGGAUAUCAGUUGGCAACCACUGUCAGCAAUCUAAGAAUGAUCCACGGCAAGGCGCUCAUUUCCACAGUCGACAUGUUGAAAGAAAGAGCCAACGGAUACUUGGCUGAUAACGAUACUGCUCAAGCCUCUGAGGAAUCAUUCCAAAUCUUCAACAAGCUUUGCCGUUUCAUCGUGAAGAAAGCCGAUCAGGCUAAAGAUAUUGUGGCUGGAUGGGGGUCAGCUUAUAAAUUUCGUGUCAAAGGAUGGACACAAAAUGACUUGUCUGUGGAGGAUGUAAAGUUUUCACUGCCGUUCGUUAUUCGAUUCAUUGAUAUUGUCGAUGGAGAUCAGAACGUCAAUCGUGAAAUGGCGACCUAUGUCAAAGAAAAUUUGUACACCAUUAACAUUGAUGAAAUCGCAGCAGAAAUAUAUGAGGAGUCAAACGAUGGAAAGAUCACUCAGCUCCUGCAAAAAACUUGA